AUGCACUGCACAACAUCAGUCACCCAGGUGUUAGAGCAACCAGAAAACUCAUCACUGGAAAAUUCUUUUGGCCUUCAAUACAAGUGGAUGUUGGCAACUGGGCGAAGCAAUGCAUUCAAUGCCAAAAAUGCAAAUGCUAUUUGGACUACGAGCAACACCGCGUGCAGCACCAGUCUUAGCGCCUCUCAGCUAACCUUCGGCUGCAGCAUAAGACUACCGUGUGACUUCUUCACCUCAACAUCGUCAAAUAAUCAAGAAAUGAAUUACGAUUUUGUAACUCAACUUCGAGAAUCAAUUAACAAAGUCUUAUCGUCGAAACGCACUUCAUCACACGGAAAUAAUAAAUCAGUAUUCAUUCAUCAAGAGUUGAAAACAUGCAAGCAAGUUUUUGUAAGAAACGACGCAGUGAAGAAACAAUUUCAACCUACCCACGAUGGACCGUAUAAAGUAUUAGAGCGAAAUAGCAAGACUUUUAAAUUACAAAUACCCGGAAGGAAAUCUACAAUUAUAUUGAUCGACCGACUAAAGCCUGCCUAUAUUAUUAACGAGGAUGCUUCAGAGGACUCACCAUCAUCAUCAUCAUCUCAACCACCAGCGAGGCAGCUGGAAAACCCAUCAUCUACAUCAACCCAGGUGAAACCUAUUUUAAAAACUACGAGACAUGGGCGAAUCGUCAAGCCUCCGGUACGCUUUCGCUAG